AUGGCUAGAAAUUCUAUCCUCAAACUCCUGCAUGAAUCUCAAGCCAUCCAGAGAUGGACAUUGGAAGGCCGAUCGUCCUCGCUUCAUUUUCAAGCGGAAUUCGAAAGACAAUCAACAGAAGGCAAUGCAAUUGUAACCAAAAAUAAUAGUGAGGAUAAAGAAUCGAUGGGGAAAAAAUGUGCCAUUCCUGAUGACGAACCUAAACCCGAUGAUGACUAUAUAGUACCGCAAGGCUGUUAUAUUAAUGUUGCGGCACCAUACAGUAUGCAUAUUGCUAAUGUCCUGUGCAGUGGGGAAAUCGAUAUUGAUAAUCUGAUAGCAAGUGAGGAGUGUGGUAUGAUUUGGGGUAUGGGUGAGGACUGUUUACUUGGUGAAUCCAGUGAGGAUGUCAUAAAACGAUAUCAUUGUAAUGAGGAUCUUGAUUUAAUUAAAUACAGGGUUAUUCAAGUUGAUCAUGGUUGUGGGAUCAAAUAG